ACGUAGAAGCUGCUGAAUCUGGUUUGGCAAGAUUUCUGGAGAAAGAGCGUACAACACAGACAAACCCUGAAAGGCAGAAAAGUGUUAAAUCGUUUUUAGCAGCUGUUUCACAGCCUAACUUGAGCUGUUGUAAACUGACACUUUUUUGUUUUUGGGGGGGAAAUUAGGUUUUAGAGUUUAAAGAAGGUCUCAGCACCAGGAGGUGCUCUUGUUUUUCUAAACAAGACAAGUUCAGGCCGCAGAGAUGAACUGGUCGGGAUUUGGAAGCCUAUUGAACGGAGUCAAUAAGUAUUCCACUGCGUUCGGGAAGAUUUGGCUGUCCAUGAUCUUUGUCUUCCGUGUGCUAGUAUUUGUGGUGGCAGCACAGAGAGUUUGGGGCGAUGAGAGCAAAGACUUUGUGUGCAACACACGACAGCUGGGCUGCACCAAUGUCUGCUAUGACCACAUCUUCCCCAUCUCCCACAUCCGUCUGUGGGCACUGCAGCUGAUCUUUGUCACCUGUCCGUCUCUAUUGGUGAUGGCUCAUGUCAAAUUCCGGGAAGAUAAGGACAAGAAGUAUGUGGCGUUGCACCAUGGCUCCCACCUGUAUGCCAACCCUGGCAAGAAGAGAGGAGGGCUGUGGUGGACCUAUCUAGUUAGUUUGGUCUUCAAAGCUGGAUUCGACAUUUCAUUCCUAUACAUUCUAUAUCGGAUUUACCACGGAUAUGACCUGCCAAAGUUAUCCAAGUGUUCACUGGAUCCAUGCCCAAACACUGUGGACUGCUUCAUUAGCCGGCCAACUGAGAAAAAGAUCUUCAUGUUGUUUAUGGUCGCCUCCAGUGCACUCUGCAUCUUCAUGUGCAUUUGUGAGAUGGUUUAUCUCAUUGGCAAGCGCAUCGUCAAAUACCUAAAGGCCCGACAUGAGAAUGAGAGAAUGGUGUUUGCUGAUCAGCAUGAGCUCACCAACAUGGCCCCACCCAGGUCGCUGUACAGGAAGACUGAUCCAACAUUAGUUGAGAGCCAGCUAAGUUUAAAUAAGAGAGAGAAGACCAGAGGUAUUGGUGCAACUACAAUGCUUUAGACCUCCAGUCAUGAUGCAUUCAUUCUCUAAUAGAUGUCUGUACGCCGUCAAUUCAUGGAUAUCAAAUUAUGGACUGAAAAUAUGCUUUGUUGUAUGCUGUAGGACAUUGCAUCCUACGGAGGAGGACAAACAUAAAUGCUUUGUUUGAAUGACACAUUUCUAACUCUUCAUCUUUAAGGAGAAACACCCUGCAACUGACUUCACCAGCCCAAAUACUGAGCACCAUUGCAGCUCCAGCCUGUGCAUGCCAACAUUUGCAUUGUUCCUUUGAAAAAUUACACACAGCCCAUUGGCUGAAGAUUUAGGACCUUUGUGCUGCCAUUACGGGUGCUUACCAGGCGCAGCUUUGGAAGAUAAUCCUUCUAUUUUAUGACAAAGUGCUUAUGCUUAUUUAAAUGUAAUAUAGAAUAUAAUAUAUCCAAAUAUGUUACGCUAAAAUUGGCAUGACCAUUGGUGAUCCGUCCAUCCAUCCAUUUUCCGUACCGCUUAUCUUCACUAGGGUCGCGGGCGUUCUGGAGCCUGUCCCAGCUGACUUUGGGCGAGAGGCGGUGUACACCCUGAACUGGUCGCCCAGCCAAUUGCAGCUGCUUCUUUAUAAAUGUAGUGUCAGAAAGGUUAUAAUUACAUUAUCUUUAUUUUAAAACCAGGGGGAAAGUCACACCACAGAUGAGUUUCAUAGUUGGCCAUAAGUAUUUGAACAGUUACGUAAUAUUUAUGAUUUUACCUUUUAUAAAUCAGUGAAAUGGUAGUGAAGUUAAUCAAUCAAUAUAAAAUUGAAGUAUAGAUUUUCAGCAUUAAUUUAAGAGAGUUCAAAUAAAUAUGUCACCAUUUAAAAAUGUACAGGCAUUUUUUUCCCUGUCUGUAAAUAUAUUUCCGAGUACGACAAAUGAUGGUUAUGUUUACAAUUUCUAUAUAAUUGUAGAUAUCACGCAAUAAGAGAAUCUGUAAUUGUCCAACUAUGUAUAAUGUAUGUAUGAUAUGCUCAUAAAAUACUGUUGUAUUUUAUUUGAUAAUUAGCUGUUCAGAUCCAGCUCAAAAGACUAAUGGUCUCACAGGUCAUGGUAAUUGCACAAAGUAUUGAUGUUGUUGCUAUGGAAACUAUUAUACGCAGCAACACUUCAUUUAUUGUAGGCACUGCCCGAAACGAUCAAUGACAUUACCUGUUGUUGGUUUUUUUUUUUUUUGUUUUAUUUCUUCUGGAACCAAAAAAACAUCCAAUGGACAAAAAAAUAAUAACUUUUAGCACGUUGUGUAAAGACAUACAGCAGAGGGCGCCACACUUUCAACAAAGACAUCCCCAGAAGUCGUGCUUUUGUCAAAUGGGUAUAAAGCUGUCAGAGCUGUGCAUUCUGUUGUUGACGCUCUACAAUGAACGACUCUGAAGUCAAAUGUGUGUUGUAGUACAGAAAAUACGACUCUGAAGUCAAAUGUGUGUUGUAGUACAGAAAAUAGUGGGCGGGGGGUCUCAAUGUCCUUUAUUUUGAAGGUGAGCCCUUGAAUCGCAGCCCCAGCAGGAGAAGGCCCCAUGUGGAUGUGUCAUAUCAGCCAACACUUUUUGCUUGUUUACAGGCGUAAACACAGAACACAGGAGCUCAUUCAGGUCUGGAAUUGUGGAUUUGAGUCUUAGCUGGAAAACGAAUCCUGGUCUUAUACUUGCUUACUUUUAAUUUUGAGUCACUUGUAAAUUAUGUGCGAGUGCUGACACAUCCUGUUGUAGAGACAGUUACUUUACAUCUGGACUGAGAAAACUAAUAGCUUCUUACCUUUAGAGUAUCUUAUAGAUGUUUUGUUCUUUAAGUCUGAUUCCACUAAGAAAUGACGACGCUAAAUGUUAAAACAUUCAGGAUUUGUAUGUUUUUUUUUUUAAUCUUGAUGGAAAAACAAUGGACAAAAACUGAUUGUAAACUACUGUAAAUGACUCGACUGUACUUUACUGUUUUGUCCUGGGUUACUAAGGCAUGUCUAUGUGUUUAUGGUUUAAUUUAGGUUACAUCUGUCCAAAGAAUUUUUGUGUGCUGUAACGCUUGAUGCAGAAACUAUUCUGCACAUAUUUUUCUGACCUCCAUAUUAUCUGCAUACAGAGCCAGGAUUUAGUGGCACUGAUACAGUAUACUGAAGUCGUUUAUAAUGCGAUUUAUGUCCCAGUCAAUACAAUACAUACUGUAACUUUUAUAGCUCCCCUAAGGAUACAAAUAUUGUAUGCAGGAUGUGUUGCUUUUCAAAUGUUUAUUUUUAUAAAUUAAAAAUACAUGAAA